AGCACUCCUCCUCGAGCACUCAGCACAUCCUGCUGUUAAGGAUGUAGUCCUGAGUGUGUGUGAGUGCUGUCGUUAUGACCGCCAGCCUUUUCCUCUCUCAACAUGCCUGCAGCGAUGCAUCUCACUAUACUGUUGUCCCUGUUUGCAGUUUGUACAGGCACCACAACUUCCUCUGUAACUGAACAGGUGAUUGAUACAACAACAGUUACUGCACAAUCCACCAGUGUGGCUGUGACAAAGAAAAAUGAUGUCAGCUUAUCUACUGUGACAACUGCCAACCACACACAACGGCCCCCAAUGGCAACACACCAGAUUACCACCGCAGCCUCCCCAGAAAAUGUGUCAUCUUCAACUCCGCCCUCAACUUCCCCACAAACACCCGAAAGGACAGAGGAAACGCAUCCUGGACCUCCUGCUCAGACCACAACGAUCAACCAGACGUCCAGCGAGACAGUUUCCCAUGGACCAACAAAUACAACCACCACUGUAAACACGACAAGCCCAGGUCUUUCACAUGAUUGGAACAAAGAUGACUUGGCGGCAAAUCCCGGCCUCGUGGCCAUCCUUUGCAUCUUCGGUAUCAUCUGCGUACUUGUGCUGGUGGUUGUUGUCGUAAAAUGCAUCCAAUCACCGAGGUCCAACUUUGAGAGGCUUGAUGAUGUACCGAUGGAAAAAGUGAGCGAGAAGUCUCCGUUCGCCCAGUACUCAAAAUGACAAAGGAGUCUUCAUCAGACCCUGAAGUCCAGGAUGAACCCGGUCUGCUGUCAGACUCUGAAGUUUCUGGACUAAAAAAAGGCAGCGACAAGAAAAAGACGAGUUUCAUGUUAUUCUCUCAGGCUCUUAUUUCUUUAUCCGGCACUUUUGUCAGUGACACUGGAGGACUUCUUCCGUUCUCACCACCGACCUGCUUGUUUGGCUGCUUUUAAUUCUGAUGAUUUACUCCCCGAAGUCUAAAUAACUGUUGCACUAGCUCUUCCUUCUUCUUUUGUUUUGAAAAGAGAAUCAGCCUAAAGUGUACAAAUGUACAAAUGCAUAACGUUUCCAAAAAUGGUGAUGCGUGUCUUUGUAAGCACUUAAAAUGUGUCUUCAGCAGCGCACAGAAGACGCGUUUCCAGUGUUACUUGUACAAAUGCCUUAUCAGGCAACUGGAAUGGACAAGUAUGCAUGAAAACAUUAUUUGUAUAAAGUUAUUUAUUGCCAUAUGUGAUGUAUAAAUGUCUCCCCUGGCUUCAGAUUGUCAUACCUGCAGCAACAGUGAACAAACAAUUGAUAGCAUUAACAAGACCAAGCAACAUUAAGACUGCCAGUAACCAUCAAAGGAAAAAAAAAAAAAAGAAAAUUAUUAAACUGGCCUGUUGGUCUGGAAAUUUCAUGU